UCCAUUGAAAAUUGAUCAUGACUUGCAACUGUGUGGAAGCUCCUGUUUCUCCAUUGUUUGGUGUUCAAACUUUAUUUGCUGCUCAACAUACUACAGAGUCUUGUGRUGCUAACGGAUUACCAUUAACUCCCAAUUCUAUUACAAUUUUAGGAUAUGCUCAAAAACUAAGGACCUUAGAUCAUCCAAAUUUAGUAUUACAUUUGGACUUUAUUCGGAAACAACAUGGACGCAUCAUUUUAGUCUCUCAAUAUUUCAAUCGAUCUYUAUGGACUGAAUCAAAAAACUAUUCGUUACUAAUACCGUUAGAAAAAGUACUUAGUUGGACUCAUAGGGUUUUGUCUGCUUUAUCUUAUUUAAAYGAUAAUGGUUUAGUGCAUCGGUUUUUAACUCCACAAUACAUAUUAUUAGAUGAUGAAGAUAAUGUUAAACUAUUUAACUAUGGGAUUUAUUAUAUGACAAAUAGUGGUAAAAAUAUUACUUUUCCCAUUGGGAAACUAAAAUAUACUGCGCCUGAAGUGUUAGUUCUUGAUAGAGCUUCAAAUAAAUCUGGUCCUAAAACAGAUUCUUGGUCAUUGGGUAUUAUUGUUUUAGAAUUGUUGCUGGGAGCACAAUUAUGGCCAACACUCAAGCUCAGUCAGAUAAUUCGGAAAAUAUUAUCUUUAACACAUUGUACAGAUGUUGUGAUGAGACUUGCUCGUGAAAUGGGCCGUUUGACAAUGUAUCAAUCACUACCCAGUGAAUUGAAAGACUUUCUCAGUAAAUGCAUUUGUAUAGAUGUUACUAAAAGAAUGUGCCCAAAAGAGUUAUUUGAUCAUAAGAUAUUUUCUCUUUUUGAGUACUCAAAAAUAUUAACAAAUAAAUGUUAUUCAUGUAAACACCCAUUGCGUCAAAUGAAACUGAACCAAGUUUAUUAUUUGUGGAAACUAGCUGGUGGAGAUGUUGAAUGGGCAUUAAAAAAAAAAGGUUUAUUAAGAAAUGAAUCGUCUAUUUUACUUAUACCGCGACUGAUCAUCCUUGAAGGAACAUUGUAUGGUAAUACACGUAACCAAAGUUAUUUAUUAGACUUACAGAUAAUUGAGCUAUCUUUAGACUUAUUGGUGAAUAGGCUUCAACAUCUCAAAAUAACAGAUUAUGAUCCAUUAAUUGAUCAAAUUAAAGAAUACAAUGAUACUACUGACAAGUUACCAUUAGUUAUUCGUGAAAAAGACACUGAAUAUCAGUUUCAUCGAAUUGUCUUAUUUGAUCGUUUGUUAUCUUCCUAUCCUUACAAGUUGGAUAAAUUACUCACCGAAGCUAAGAAAGAUAUUCCACCAUAUUUCAGAGGAGAAAUUUGGGCAUGUUUGUUGAAUGUUUGCGGUGAUACAGAAAACACUUAUUUGUCUAUAGAUAAAGAAACUGCUGGUGUAACAGAUAGACAAAUCGAAGUUGAUAUACCAAGAUGCCAUCAGUACAAUGAUCUACUAUCGUCUUCCGUAGCUCAUAAAAAGUUGAAAAGAGUCUUAAAAGCGUGGCUUGUUAGUCAUCCUAAAUAUGUUUAUUGGCAAGGUUUAGAUUCACUAUGUGCCCCAUUUGUUUAUUUAAACUUUUGUAAAGAACAUGUAGCCUAUGCUUGUUUAACAGCRUUUGUAAAAAAAUAUUUAAAUGAUGUGUUUUUACGAGACAACUCUGCUGUGAUCCGGGAAUAUUUAAUAAAAUUAUUUCAUUUAAUUGCAUUUCAUGACCCACAACUAGCAAAUCACUUGGAUGAUAAAGGUUUCAUACCAGAUUUAUUUGCUAUACCUUGGUUUUUAACAAUGUUCUCUCAUGUGUUUCCCAUGCAUAAAAUUUUUCACCUWUGGGAUAAACUUUUAUUAGGUGAUUCGUCAUAUCCAUUAUUUGUAGGACUAUCAAUCCUUUCCCAGUUACGUAGUACAUUAUUGAAUUCUGGGUUUAAUGAGUGUAUAUUAUUGUUUUCAGACCUACCAGAAGUGGAUAUAGAGAAGUGUGUUUUAGAAUCAUCUAAGUUUAAUGAUGUAACACCAAGGUCAAUAACAUUUAGAAAAUAUGAGUUGAGAACUGAAACACGAGAGCAUGAUCCAUGUUUAUGCUAUGAGGUAUUGCAAAAUGAAUUUAGUCCUAGGAUUAGUGUUUAUGAUUUACAAGAAUUAAAAACGUCAWGUCAUAAAUUUUUGGUCGUAGAUGCUAGAGCACACGAAUCUUACAUAGAAAAGAGUAUACCGGGUAGUUUAAAUAUUCCUAUWAAGGAAGAAGAUUUUACAGAUGAAAAUUUUGAUUUAGCGCCUUGUCCAGAAUUAAGUGCUUUAGUCAAUAAUAGAGGUAGUGUAUUAGUAGUGGUCGACAAUGWAUAUGAAUUGGGUAAAGUUAGAAAGUUUUGUAGAUUUUUGGUGAAAAAAGAAUACCCAAAAGUAUGCAGUUUACAUGGAGGUAUAGAGGCAUUAGAAACUUUUAAUAUUUUAGUACCUGCUAUACUGUUUUGAUUCAGUAUAGAAACAUUAUUUUUAUUUUAGUUAAAAAUUGAAUUGCAAUUAUAACUGUUAU